GUGUUCAGGUGCAUUUGCAACACGUCGAGGAGUGGUCUUACUCAGAAAGAUAGUAUGGCAAUGGAUGUGUCCUUGGUCUGUGCAGUUGUCCUAACCCUGAUCACUCAGAUACUCUCAUGUGAGCGGCUUCAAGGAUCCCAUUAUUAUUUUGGGAUUCCAGGGACCCCAGUGGUCAAACACCUAUCCAGUUAUGCCACACGUGGUUUGAACAUCGUCAAGGAUGAUCAGAAAUGUACUAUCCAUCCCGUUCAGCAAUCUGGCGCCCGUGCACCACGUCUGGAACACACCAGUGAAACAGCAAUCGGUUUUGGACCGUAUCAAGAAUGUCUGAAGUCAGAUAUCGGAAGACAACCUGAUAUGUACAAGCGGAAUCGACAUCCUUACGGGAAAUUACUGGUCUCGUCUACAGGCAACAAUUUAUUCAAACAGAUACACCGGUUGAACUCAGAUCUGGGUUGGUAUUUCCGGGACAGAUCACUUCGCAACAAAGCUGUUCGACAUGACGAUGCGGCCAUGGAAAGACUUCGUCACAGAAACUCUCGCAUACAUCUACAAACAAAACUUGUCAUAACCCUCCUGCUGGUCCUUGUCACGAUGUUGGUCACGGGAACGAGUAUUGACUUACUGAUCUGUACCAAACUGCCACAGUCAAUUAAUCUCAGAACCUAUUUAAAACGCGUGACUUGGUGUAGAGUCCUGCGAUGUUUCUCCGUGUACACUAACACCCUGAAGCUGUUCGAUGUGACGGUGUCCUCUGAAAGACUGGGAUGCCUAAAUGGUAUCAAGACACUCUCCUUCUUCUGGAUUCUCUUCAGCCGCCUGCAUGCGUCAACUCUAGAUAAAGUCGUGACGAAAGGGUUCGAUGUAGCUCUACCGUUGACAUGGAGAAUAUUGAGGCCAUAUGUAAGGGGUUAUCUGACGGAAUCAGCAUAUGUUAUGAGUGGUUUACAGACAACUCUGACCAGUCUGGAACAAAAGCAGAAAGGGAAAAUAGACUGGAAGAAGCUGUAUUUACAAAGAUAUUUACGAGCGACACCACCGGCCAUCCUUGUCCUGGUGUUACUGACCACGUUCCUACCUUAUUUUCUUAAUGGAUCUCAAGGCGUGAACAUGCAACGCUGUUUACCAUGGUGGAGUUUCGUCACACCAAUUAAAUUACAUCAUCCUCCGCCUUCAGACUGUUUGCCUCAAGUGUUAUCAAGAAGGACGGAUUUGAUAUAUGCUUUGGCAUGUCCUCUCAUCUUUCUACCUCUUAUGUUAUCACCAAUCCCUGGGUUCAUCUUGUCAAUUGUUGCGAGUGUGUCAUUCUACCUUGUGAGUGAAGUACGCUUUCGUCCAAACUCGCUACUGCAUCGCCUGCUUGGUAAAAGACGGUUUGGAUCCUACAUAGUCGGUGUCCUCGUUGGCUAUAUACUGUUCAAGAACAAAGACAAAAUUGCACUAAGCAAGACAGCACAGAUAAUCGGUUGGAGUUGUGCUCUUGGCGUCAUUUUCUUCCAUGUCUUUGGCGAGAGUUUAACUUGUAAAGCAGUCAUCAGAGACAUCCUGGGCUUUUAUCAUGAACCGGUAUUCAAGGUUUUGUGGACUGUAAGUUUCGGAUGGAUCGUUAUCGCCUGUUCUACCGGGAAUGGAGGCAUCAUCAACAAGUUUCUGUCGUGGAAGGUGAUGGCUCCCCUCAGUAAGCUUGGCUACAGCUCCUUUCUCACCCGCAUUGCCGUGGGUCAUAUCUACAGCUCCAGAUUACAGGACAACUGGCACUACACCUGGCUUGAUACGAUCACCUCCUACACCUGGGUUACUGUCUAUGCGCUGUCAACAUCCCUCCUAGUACAUCUGCUAUGUGUGGCACCAAUGGGUAACCUGGUAGUCCUGUUGUGGAGCAGGACAAAGACUAAAGAGACCCGUGUCUUGGAUGGGGAUCCGAUAGCAGUCAAUCCUCCUAAUCUCAAACUUAAGUCUAAUUGACAUUAAUCUACGGUUACAGGGUAUUCUUAUGUCCAUUUGGUUCAAAUUGUGUUUGUCCCCCAUUUUUAUAUAGUCACUAUCAAUGAUAAUAUGUAUAUAUUAAUACGGACGUGAUUGUACAUCUUUCGAAAUCGCACAUAUCCUUCAGCGUGUCAUCCAAAAAUGAAUGUCCAGGGACCCGCUUACAUACUUAUCGCAAAGACAUAAGUAACCACACUUAACCAUGUCAUAACCAGAUGUUGAUCACUUGCUUGAUAAUUGUACCAGCACCUCAACUGAUCCACCAUAU